AUGGAAAUGAAUCCUGUGGCUCUUUGGCAUGUCAGGUCCGUGUUUCUGGUAUGCAUCAGCGAUACAAGCGCUGGUGGCCACACUCCCCUUCCACUGCCAGCUCAGCAGGGACUUCGGGAAAGAAGCUUGAGCCCAAUCUUCUGCAAUGACACUGAUACGAGGGGUAAUGUGGGCGUUGAGCCUAUUGCCAUUGAUCACCCAUGUCGCUGCGCAGUCCUCCGACGUUACGCAGUGCAUCCCCGCAUAUUCAUGGCGUUCAGUGUGAACUCCCUCCCGAAUGGCACACACUACCUAGGACCGAAUUCUUCUAAUGCGAAUCCGUGCAUCUGCAGUACUGUAACUUACUCCCUGGUCAGUGCAUGCGGAGGCUGUCAAAACCGCACGUUUACAAACUGGGGAAAUUGGAGUCUUUCUUGCACCUCAACAGAGAUUGCGACGUUUCCAGACGCUAUUCCAUCGGGCACCGAUGUUCCUGUAUGGGCAUACCUUGACGUUACGACGUUUGUAAACGAAACAUUUGACCCUGUGGCCGCGCAACAAAGUCUCUUAAAUUCCCCUGUAACUUCCAGCAUUACAUCGGCUUCCAGUAUUACAUCGUCUCUACGAAAAAGCAGUACUGUCUCCAGUGUAAUUUCUCAGCCGACCGUUUCGUCACUCAGCCCUUCUUCCACGGCGGUUAAUCAUGCAAGCUCACACUCCAACGCAGGAGCAAUAGCUGGGGGUGUGGUCGGUGGAUUGGUUUUCCUCGCUGUAGCGGCUCUCGUUGCACUCUGGUGGUUUGUUCGACGAAGGAAUCCGCGUGCCCAUGACGACAGAGUUUUUGUUGCCCCUUCAACCAACAUGGUGUCGUCAACGGGGCUUCCAGAUGGUCCAUCUUUGUUGUCGACAAACCCAUAUAUGGGAUCGGACACAAACACGUUCCCAGGAUCCCCCGUGACUUCUGCAGUAUAUACGACGCUUCCCAAUCGCCGGUCGUUGGAGAGUAUUUCACACUACGGACCUUCUGUAGUUCAUUCACGAGGGUACACUGGUGCUCCAGAGGUGUUGUAG